AUGUACGCCCGGGCCAGGACCCCGAUGAUCACGACGACCUCAUCCUCAACAACGACUCUAGAAACCAUAACCGAUAGCAACCCUACACCAACCUCUUCGGCCACUUCGACCUUUCUCGCUCCUGCAUCUGCUUCUACGCCCCCUAAAAGUGAGACGACUCCCACUGGAGGAACUGGGGAAACGUCUUCUGCUGCGGGACAAUUGAUGUCGGCGGAGAACCGCACGCCGCCACUGGUGGUUGCGGCUGUAGAGGACAAGGAUGAGGAUGAGAAUUCUGACAUUGUUGAGACGGCUUCAGAGGAAGACACUUCACCUUUGCAGAGUGAAACAUCUUCCACCGCAAAGGGUAUUGGAAACGAAGUUGCACCUCAAGAUAAUAAGAAUGCAAAAACCACACUGACCGCCCAGCCUGACCCAGAAAAAGCCAAGGAAACAAAUGUCGUACAAAAAAGUCCUGAUGACACCUCAAGCGAUAAACCGAAACGUACAAGCACAGUUAGGCACCAUAGAAAGCACCACAAGCACCAUCACAGAAGAACCCAAGGAAAACGUGAAAGGCGAAACAAAACUCUGAUGCCAGGUGAAAAUCCGGCCCUGUCUAAUAAGAGAAAUUUGAUGCCUGGUGAAAAUCCAACUGUGCCUGAUAAGAGCACCCUUAAUACACCUGCCCCGAUUAUCCGCGAAAAAAGAUUGGAGACAAUGCCCAUUGCAGAGCCUAAAGCCCAAACACUUUCUUCUCCAUCAGACUUAGACCCUGUACACAGAGCCCUCUAUCUAAGAAAUAAAAUUUUGUCUCAAAUGAAACACAUGAUACAAAUGGAAGAAAAACGUAAUGCAAUUGAAAAACACAGUGAAGAACCUCCAUCAACCCCUAAAUCUGACCCGACCACCACGCAACCACCAGUUUUCUCCGAAGCCAAUUUUCAGACAACCCAGGCCCAAUAUUUGGCUGCCAACAAGAAAAGGGACGCAGAGGCUGAUGGCCAAAUGGGUAAGAACCAAAACCAGGAGCAACCCCGAGAAGAAAAAACUGUAAAAAGGGAUGCACAGGAUGCACAUGGUGAAAAACUCCAGAAAGAAACAAGAAAGGCAGAGACUAGUGGUCAAAUGAACAAUAACCAGGAGCAACCUCAGGAAGAAACAAAGAAGGCACAGGCUGGUGGUCAACUAAAUAACAAUCAGGAGCAACCUCAGGCAGAAACAAAAAAGGCACAGGCUAGUGGUCAAAUUAACAACCAGGAGCAACCCCAGAAAGAAAGAAGACAGACGCAAGCUGGUGGUCAAAUAAACAAUAACCAGGAGCAACCCCAGAAAGAAAGAAGACAGGCGCAGGCUGGUGGUCAAAACAACGGUAACCAAGAGCAACUACAGAAAGAAAAACGAAAGGCAGAAGCUGGUGAUCGAAUGAGAAACAACCAUGAGCAACUUCAGGAAGAAACAAAAAGGGCACAGACUGAUGGUCAAAUUAGCAACGGUAACCAAGAGAAACUUCAGGAAGAAACAAAAAAGGCAGAGGCUGGUAGUCAAAACAAGGGUAAUCAAGAGCAAGUUCGGGAAGAAACAAGAAAGGGACAGACUGAUGGUCAAAUGAACAACAACCAGGAGCGACUUCAGGAACAAGGAGAAAAGAGAGAGGUUGGUGGUCAAAUAAACAACCAGGAGCAACCCCGAGAUCAAAGAAGUACAAAAAAGGAUACACAGCCUAAGGGUCAAAUAAAAAACAACAACCAGGAGCAACCCCAGGAAGAGAAAGAAGAGGCAAAGACUGGGGGUGAAAUGAACAAUAACCAGGAUCAACUUCAGGAACAAGGAGGAAAGGCACAGACUGGUGAACACAUAAACAACAACCAGGAGCAACUCCAGGAAGAAAAACAGAAGGCAGAGGCUGGUGGCCAAAUGAGCAACAAUAACCAGGAGCAAUUUCAGGAACAAGGAGGAAAGGCACAGGCUGAUGAACAAAUUAACAAGAACGGCAACCAAGAGCAGUUACAAGAAGAAAAAAUCAGUAAAAGGGAUGCACAGGCUGUUGGUCAAAUAAACAACGCUAACCAGGAACAGCAACCCCAAGAGGAAAUGAGCAGAAAAAGGGAUACACAGGCCGAUAGUCAAAUGAACAUCAAUGGUAACCAAGAGCAACUCCAAGAAGACAAAAUCAGUAAAAGGGAUGUAAAGGUUGAUAGUCAAAUGAACAACAAUGGUAACCAAGAGCAACCCCGAGAAGAUAGAAUCAGUAAAAGAAAUGUACAGGCUGAUGGUCAAAUAAACACUAAUGGCAACCAAGAACACCUCGAAGGAGAAAGAAAUGUAAAGAGGGACGUACAGAUUAAUGAUCAAAUAAAUAACAACCAGAAGCAACUUCAGAAAGAAAGAAAAGAGGCAGAGGCUAUUGGUCAAAUGAGCAACAAUAACCAGGAGCAACUCCAAGAAGAAAAAAGAAAAGCAGAGACAGCUGGUCAAAUUACCAACAACCAGGAGCAACUCCAGGCUGGUGGCCAAGUGAACAACGUUGGCAACCAGGAGCAACAACUCCAAGAAGAAAUGAUCAGAAAAAGGGACGCACAGGCUGAUGGUCAAAUGAACAACAAUGAUAACCAAGAGCAACUCCAAGAUGAAAUGAUCAGAAAAAGGGACGCACAGGCUGUUAGUCAAAUCAACAAUAAUGGUAACCAGGAGCAACCCCGAGAAGAUAGAAUCAAGAAAAGAGACGUACAGGCUGAUGGUCAAAUAAACAAUAAUGGUAACCAGGAGCAACCCCGAGAAGAUAGAAUCAAGAAAAGGGACGUACAAGCUGAUGGUCAAAUAAACAACAAUUGUAACCACGAGCCACUUCAAGAUGAAAUGAUCAGAAAAAGGGACGCACAGGCCGAUGGUCAAAUCAACAACAAUGGUAACCAGGAGCAACCCCGAGAAGAAAAAGGAAGCGAUAUGCCAGCAUUUUGUUUGGGAAGUGAAGGCGAAAACAAUGGACAAACAGAUGAAUCAAACCCUCAGAAUAUUCCCUUCGCAGUUAUGGAGAAGAUGAGAUUUAUGGAAAGGAUGAGGGACGAUUUAAGGAAACAAAAUCUUAUACCGGAAGACCACACCUAUGAUCAACCUUUGAUGCCUGAUGAUGAAAAUAUGGAAUACGGUGGCCGAGAAACCCGAAUGGUCCCCCGAAGAAAACACUUUUGGCCGAGUCCCCAACAAAGAAUGAUUCGCAGACGAAACACCAGGCCGCCCUUAGUGGUUGUAGACAAUGUAAGGCCCAGGGAAAGGGAAAUGGCCGUCGUUCUACCAACAGCUUCAUUCGAUAUUGUACGAGAAGUCCCUUCGAAUUUACCAGAAGUAACCGUCAACAAACUAACUGCCCCGAACAACGACCAAGCUACAUUUGAAAUUGCACAAGAAGUUCCCUCAAAUUUACAAGAAAUGGCUGUCAACAAGUUAACUGCUCCAAGCAACAAUCAAGAUGCCGAUUCGCAAUACAAUACACUCGGGUCGAUUUUGGAAGCUCAGAAAAUAGAUGAGCAAGGAAUCAUUACACCUCUGAAAGUUGUCACUGAAGCCCCUGUGCAACCUGGAUCACCCGAAGAAUUUGCUUUCAAGAUGGACAUUAAUCAAUUCUACAAAAGAUUCAUGAAGAAAAGUGAGAAUGCAGAGACUGAUCAGCCCACCACAGAGUAUUCAGGAUCAGAAGGUGAAAAACCAAAAGAUGUAGGUCAAGUCAUUUUAGAUGGAUAUGCACAAAUUCAGGAGAAACCCGAAACUAAACGAGAAGCUAGGGAAGGAGUUCAAAGAUUCAUCAGAGCAUUGGUUAGGAGAUGCACAUACCACGGCGACCAGUGCUUCGACAACCAGUGUCCAGGCAGACUUACAUCAAUGCUUGUUGCUGCAGCAAAACUCAACGAGGAAAAAAUGCGACAGGAUGCAGAAAAUGAAGAUAUGACCACUUCUGCAACCACGGUUGCAACAGUUCUGGCUCAGGCUGUCCACGAAGCCGACAAGGAACACGGUGGCCAGGCUGAUGACAAGAGGCGCGAAAUGACCAAACAGUUCCUCAUCUCCCGCAUCAUGGAAAUGCUCAUGGACGAGUUUUCUGCUGCCAAAGCCGAUCAAGCAUCCAAAGACAAACAACCAGGAUCUGAUCAAUCCCAAAUAGGACACUUGAAUUUCGAUCCAGAUUCACCAGCCGUCCAGGAGGCUGUCGCCUUGGCAGCGUUCAGACAACACCCUGCUUUCAAUCGAGAAAUGUUCUUUAGAAAAAUGUUAUUUGCAGUACGCAGACCACCAAUGGACCCGACACAAGAAGAUAAAAAAGAUGAUAAACCUGUAAAGGUUGAACCUCCGAAAUCUGAUGAGGAUGACGACAUUUUUGGUGGUGGCGUGGAGGUCAUAACUCAGGAAACUACACCUUCGGAUAGCAACUCGUUCGUGCACAUCAAUAUUCAAACUUUUGGAGAUAAUCUUCAAAGCACUCCAAAAACCGAAAUAGAAGAGGCCUAUGAACCAAUAUUUGACGAAAUGCCUAGCCAAGGUGUUUUGAAGAAUGCAGAAGUUGAGAAAGAACAGAGUGGAUAUCCUGAUGUGCAUGAUGGAGAAUCUGACCUGGUUUGCAUUGCUGAUGACAAUGACAUGGAUAAAGCUGAGAAUUGUGCUUCUGAUCAACCACAAAGUCGUGUUUUGGAGAUUGUUAUCACUCCUAAAAAUCCCGAAGGAGACAGUAGCAGUGAGAUGACUACUGAGGGAAAAAAAGAGGAAAUCACACCAAGCACUCCAGAGCCAUCUUCACCUUUAACUGAACAAUCCACAUCCGAUGCAACAAUCUUCACUACAUCCCAAAACCAGAUCAUAACCGAUGAAGCCACCGAAAAUGAAAUGUCUGAUCAACAAUUUUUCCAACAAGAUAAUCAAGAAACCAUGCCUCAAUUUGUCCUAGUUGCCAACGUUCAAGAAGCUGAUGACCCUAAUGUUGCAAAAAUAAGGCAAACUUUGGAAAAUUUGAUGAAGUCUGCGGAUGAUGGUAAAGCUGAAGUGGAAGUUAAUAAGAAUGUAAACGCAGAUGUUUUAAAGAAAGCACCUGGAAAAGAUGAUGUGGAACUUGCUAAAGAUGUUAAUCUAGAUUUGGUGAAGGAUGGUAAAAGGGCACCUGGUAAAGUUGAAUCAGAAGUUGCAAAAGAUGUAAACUCUGAUGUGGUAAAGACUAGCAAGAAGGCAUCUGCUAAAGCUGAAUUGAAUGUCACAAAUGCAGAUGUGGUCAAGACCAGCAAGAAGGCAAAAGCAGUUCCAGAGGACGAAGACUUUGCAGAACAACUGAAGCUACAAUCUCGACCAAAACGUCAUUUCCCGACACUCAGCCAACAACCACCAGAUUUUGAAGAACCCAGUUUCCUUCUACAAAGGGAUAGUGAUGAAGAUGAAACACAUGCACCAAAUGACGAUGAAGUUUUGUUCCUUUUCCAGACUUCUGCACCACCAGAUGCACCUCCAGAGAAUCAUUUUGGAAGUGGAUUUUUGAGUUUUCUAAACAGCAGGCCACGUUUUGAGGAUAUUUUCCCUUUUAAUCAUUUUCCUUGGGCCACUCGAUCUAGAGACAAUGUUUACGAUGGUAUGUUUGCUACUACACCAGAUUCCAAUUUGGAUAAGAAACAGGAAACUGUCCUCUUCUAUCGCCAGGAUCAGAGAACGAAGAAGAUUCUGACUUCCCCGAACAAAAUCGUGGCAGUCGUCUUUUGA